AUGGAUCUAGACAGAUCAUUCGACAUGGAAACCAGUGUGGUUCAUAAAUCAGAGGUCCGUGGAACUGCUGCCAUUUCAGGUUUUCCCAAUACGAGCAAUUUCAAUGAAAACGUAGUGACUUUUCCCAACAAAGCAUUCUUGAGCACUGUGUACGAGGAAGAUGAAGAAGAAAAUGGGGAACAAGAUAAAGAGAAUCUCAUAGAUGAUGAGGAGGUUCAGAAAGAAGUAAUCGAGGAGAAGAAGAUGAUAGUUACACCUGAAUGUUCGAUUCAAUAUCCAGAGCAAAUUGAUGCCUCUUCUAGGCAAAAAAGGAUUCAAAAUAUCUUCACCCUCUGUGGAAACUAUAGAGAACUUUCUCAACACAACAGAACUCCAGUGCCUACCCAAAAGAGGCUAGAAACUAUUGACUCCUUGUUGACCCCAUCAAAGAGAGAGGGAGAACAUUCUGUUAAACUAAUGCUUGGUGACCUCUCCCAGCUUCAGAAUAGCAUUUCUAAGAACCUUUCAGCAUCAAGCAAGCAGAACUUGGGCAAAAAGGGGCUUGGGAAAGUUAUGGGUUCUGCUGAGAAAGCAAAGAUUUUGAAGGAGAAUCACAAUCCAUUAGAUGAAAGCACUGGUGAUAUGGAAGUAUAUGUGAAAUGGGAGACGUUGAAAGAAAAUCAUGGGAAGCUCAUUGCUACAUUGAAGGUUUUGAAAGAUUCGACCUUUGCUGACUUGCGGAAGCUGAUAGAAAUCCAUCUUGGUGGGGAGCAGCAAGAAUUUGCUUUUCUUCUUCUUGGGGUAUGUCUUUACCAACUCCAUCUUUUCCACAGCUCAGUGAACUACAGGAAUGCCUUGAACAGUAAUUAUAGUUUCAUGUCAUACAUUUAUGACAAUGCCCUCCUAGGAUUUCUUGAUAUUAUCAUCAUUGUUUUUACAUCAUCCUUACUUUGA